AAGGAAAUAACAACGAAACGACACGAAGCGAAAGCAGCAGCCGUGUGUAAUUACUAGACAAAGCGAUAAGCUGGGCAGAAAUUGAAUAAAUAAAAGGGACCAGUGUGUGGUGUGUGACAAUCACUUGGCACAAUCCAGUCGUCAGGACAGGCAGGGACAGAGGACAGAGGCGUGUAAAUAGGCAGGGCUGUUGAGCGCGUGAGAGUGGGACGAGAGAGGACGAAAUCAAAGACAGGGCUGUGAAGCCAAAACCAGCGGAGUAAACGAACAUUUCCAAUUCCUACAAUUUGGUUUCUAACUACUUGAAACCAAAAUGGCCCCAGCACUGAGCAAACUGGCCAACAAUCAAAGCGCCAUUGUUGGUGUGGUAGGCAUGACGGCAGCCGUGGGGAUAAUUGCCUACGGCAAGAUGUCCAACAAAAAGAGAAAAUCCAGCUAUGAGGACAAGAUUCAGUACACAAUCGCCGAGAAGAAGGAUAAGAAGGCCAACAAGGCGCAUGUCAAUUCAGUAUUCUUCAAACAGCUGCGAAAGCUGCUCCCCAUACUCAUUCCUGGAUUCUGGAGCGUGGAGACGGGACUGCUGGUCCUGGUGGCCGCCGCACUGAUUGGCCGUUCGGUGAGCGACAUCUGGAUGAUACAGAAUGCGACGGUUGUGGAGAGCACCAUCAUACAUAUGAAUAAAACGAAAUUCAAGGCGGCUCUGCUCAAAUAUCUAACAGCCCUGCCAGCGAUCUCUGUGGUAACCAAUGUCCUGAAGUGGAGUCUGGGCGAGCUGAAGCUUCGCUUUCGCACAAAUCUGACGCAUCAUCUGUACAAUCAAUACCUGAACGGCUACACGUACUACAAAAUGUCAAAUCUGGACAAUAGAAUAGCAAACGCGGACCAGCUGCUGACAACGGACAUCGACAAGUUCUGUGAGAGCGCCACGGAUCUUUACUCGAACAUUAGCAAGCCCGUGCUGGAUAUAUUCAUCUAUGUUUACCGACUGACGGUGAAUCUGGGCGGCAAGACGCCCUCCAUCCUUAUGCUGUACCUGUUGAUUGCCGGUGUGUUCCUCACACGCCUGCGCCGCCCCACCGGCCGCCUCACCGUCGAGGAGCAGAAGCUGGAGGGAGAGUUCCGGUAUGUGAACAGCAGGCUGAUUACCAACUCGGAGGAGGUGGCCUUCUAUCAGGGCAAUGUGCGCGAGAAGCUCACCCUGUUGGCCAGCUACUCCAAGCUGCGUGCACAUCUGAGCAAGUUCCUUGAGUUCCGCGUCAGCAUGGGCAUCAUCGACAACAUCAUCGGCAAAUACUUUGCCUCCAUUGUGGGCUUCUAUGCUGUGUCCAUACCCUUCUUCACCGAAAAUCAUCCUCUGCUCUCUGGGGAGCACAGCGGACAGCGUCUGCAGGCCUACUACACAUACGGCCGGAUGCUGGUGAAGCUGGCGGAGGCUAUUGGCCGCCUGGUGUUGGCCGGACGGGAAAUGUCACGCCUUGCGGGCUUCACCGCUCGCAUGACCGAGCUGAUCAAGGUGCUGGGUGAUCUCAACAAGGGCACCUACGAGCGGACCAUGGUCAAUGGCAAUAAUAUCACCCAGAAUGCCAGCGGCUCUGGAGCGGAUAGCUUUGGGCCCAACAAGGGCAUCAUGUGCUUCGAGGACAACAUCAUCCGGUUCGAGCAAGUGCCUUUGGUUACGCCCAAUGGCGAUGUGCUGCUCAAGGAGCUGACCUUUGAAGUCAAAUCUGGCACCAAUGUUCUGGUUUGCGGACCCAAUGGCUGCGGCAAGUCCUCGCUGUUCCGCAUCCUUGGCGAGCUGUGGCCCACGUGGGGUGGCAAGGUGACAAAGCCCUCAAGGGGGAAGCUCUUCUACAUACCUCAGAGGCCCUACAUGACGCUGGGCACAUUGCGCGAUCAGAUCAUCUAUCCGCACACGCGUGAGGAUAUGCGACGAAUGGGCCAGUCGGAUGAGGAUCUCAUGCACUACUUGGACAUUGUUCAGCUGACGUAUCUGGAGCAGCGGGAGAAUGGCCUGGAUGCCAUCGAGGACUGGAUCGAUGUGCUGUCGGGAGGUGAGAAGCAGCGCGUGGCCAUGGCCCGACUCUUCUACCAUCGGCCGCAGUUUGCCAUUCUCGAUGAGUGCACCAGCGCCGUGUCCGUGGAUGUUGAGGGCAAAAUGUACAGCUACUGCCGGGAGGUGGGCAUCACGCUAUUCACAGUCUCGCAUCGUAAAUCGCUGUGGGUCCAUCACGACUACUACCUGCAGUUCGAUGGCCGAGGCAGCUACGAGUUUGAGGCAAUCGACCAGGACAAGGAGCAUUUCGGCUCCUAAAUUAGCUUCCAUUAACUACGCUUCCCAAUGCUCGAUGGCAGCAAUUCUUCACUCUCCAACAUGCAAUUUCCACGUGCAAUUUCCGCUUCAUUUUAGGCUUUAACUUUUUUGCGUUUGUUUGGUGCUGGCAAAUCCUUGCUCCCACUCCAAUUCUCGGCUCUAACUCUACCUCUACCUCGACCGUCGUUUCUUGCUUCGCUUUAUGAUGUGUGAUUUGAUUAUUCCUUUCCUUGUUCCCUGGCUAAUUCUAUUCGGCUUUUAGUUGUGCUUGUACCCACAGAUAACAGCUAGCAGAGUUUGGUGAUUAGAGAUUUAAGCGUAAAGUAUAGUAAAACAGCCCUGACCCCAACCCACAAGGAUGACAAAUGAUUAUCGACAGAGAGUCUAUAUAGCAAAGAACAUUUUUUAGUAAAUUUAUACGACAAAUAUACACAAUAUAAAUACAUACACAAACAGAUAUAUACACUAAAUAUAUAUUCAUAGAAUGCGUACACAAGUGUCCCCCCUAGUGAUUUGUAAACUACACAUUCGAUUAUCCUUUUAUUUGCCUUUUGCUUUUAUGUUUUUCUUUU